AUGGUGCCAAAAUUUAAUAGGACCACUUAUACUUCUUUAGGGAAGUAUAGCCAGAACCUGGAGAAACAAUUCAGGCAGUUUGGUAGUGCCCAGAACUCACGACCGCAAGGAGAGUUGCCGGGAAACACUGAUCCUAAUCCUAAGCAAGUGAAUGUGGUAGGUACACUCACACGUAGUGGCUUGCAGUUAGAGGAGUUGGCUCUCAAGAAAAGAAAUGUUGAAUCUCCUAGCAAGGAGAGUGAACCUAAGGAGAGUGAGGGUAUACCCAGGUAUGCGAAAUAUGUGAAGGAGAUCAUGGCAAAUAAGCGGAGGCUGGCGGAAUAUGAAACUAUAGCACUUACUAAAGAGUGCAGCUCCCGAAUCCAGAAUAAGUUUUCCACCAAAUUGAAAGAUUCGGGUAGCUUUACCUUGGGCUUGGGUAGUCCUAAACCCACCACCAUUAUCUUGCAGUUGGCAGAUAGAUCUAUUGCUAGGCUAGAGGGUGUUGUAGAGGAUGUUUUAGUGCAAGUGGGAUCUUUGAUAUUACUAGUAAAUUUUAUGGUGCUGAAUUUUGAGCCAGAUCCUGAGCUUCCAUUCAUCUUGGGAAGACCUUUCUUGACUACAGGGUGUGCUAUAAUAGAUGUAGUAUAUGGGCAACUUACUAUGCGGGCACAUGACAAAGUGGAGGUGUUCGAUGUUUACAAGACGCUGAAACUCCCAUCCAUGUAUGAAGAGUUGUCUGUAAUAACGGUGAUAGAUCUUGAAGCAGAAGCUUGA